AAACUGCACAAACGGCUGCAAAACCGCCGCUGGGCAGAUGUCAAGCAGACCACCGGCCGCAACGCCGAACGAAACCCCGUAGUAUCAACUCAACUAGGCGACCACCUCGAGGUUUCGGCGGUCCCAUCCUUCGGCGGGACAGUCACACGGCCUGCAGCGGACCGCCUCCCGGAGGCAUAGCUUUGGAAGUGUGGGAAGCAAAUCAGUGUAUGAUUGCUCAACUCCGCAGCGAGAAUGAGCAGCUAAAGCGUGAACUAAAGGAGUGCCAACUGGAACUGAAAACUGUCCAGCGUCAAUGCAAAGUGCAGGGGGCCGUGGGCCGUGAAGCUGAAAUGCCCAUGCUGGUGGAUCGCCUGAAUGCCGAGGUGCGCUCCCUACAGAUUCAGCUGCGCCGCAAGUCGGAACAGGUGGAGAAUGCGGAGCGUAGAGCUACGGAGUUGGAGCAGCGCAUGAUGCCUCUGCUGGAGCAGCGAGAACGCGAGUCUAAGCAACAACGUGAUGGCAGUGGCGGCCUUUCGGUCAAACGUCAACAGCAUCUUAUUGAGACCCAGAAGGUCUCACUGGAACGUGAG